UAUAGGUUGGAGUUCAUUGGCUUUGGAGAAACGACACCGUCCUUUUUCCUCUCCAGGCCAUGUGAUCAGCUCUCGAACGACGCGACGCUUCUCGGCCUUCCGUGCUCGCAAGCUAGUGGUGGUUUUCUUGUACUCCAUGAACGAUUCCUGGGUCCAAGCUGGUCUUUUUGGGAGCAAAAGCUGAGAAAUUUGGCCCGGAAUGGCGGGUUCCAGCAAAAGUUGAGGUGUUUUGGACCUUUGGAGGUGCCAUUAAUGGCUGGUGGGUCUCAGAAUGUGGUCUUGAUGCUAAAGGUGUGUUCUUUUUACGUGGUUUUAGAUUUCUGGGUUUUAGAAGAAGUAGGGGUUUUUUUGGGAAAAAAAUUUCGGUGUAAUUUCUGCCUUGUUUUCUGUGUUUUGGCUUCUGGGAAAUGUUGCAUUUGUUUGGGAUUUUGGGAUCGUGAAGAUUAUUCCUCCCAAGAGUAGAGUUUUUGUUUCGUUUCUUGGUGUUUUUUUUUUUUUUAGUUCCUCUGUUUGCAAGAACUACUCUUGGCUUUAGGGAUGUGCCAAAGACGGGAUUUUGAUUAGGGACAUCAUAGUGAUUUUUGGGGUGUUGUUGAAGAUAACAUCAGUGGUUUGGUGGUUUGGGGAUGCGAUUGGAGGCAAAAAGAUGGGACGUUUGAGCAGUUUGGGCAUUGGGCUGAUCCUGGUCUCGGGGUUCCUGUUCCUGGCGCUGGCAGCAGAGCUUUACUACUUGUUUUGGUGGAAGAAGAGAGGAGCUAACAGAGAUAUAGAGGAUAACUACACUAGUCCUGGGAGAGAGCUCCUCUAUCUCUUCUGCUGGAAGAAGCCAUCUUCUCUGAGCCCCACAGCUCUCAAUCCCCAAGAAAUCUCUACUUCAGCUAAUGCCGCAGUUCACUCCGAUGAUGGUCAGCUUUACCUCGAUCCAAACUCAGGUAAGGAUCUUCUUUUGAGGCCAUUUGGAGGAGGAGAAGAGAGCAUGGAGGCAGAGCUCAUGAGGCUUCACAGCCUCUCUGGGCCUCCAAGGUUUCUCUUCACCAUCAAAGAGGAGACCAAAGAGGACUUGGAGUCAGAGGAUGGGAGAUCCAGAGGAGGGAGGAGCAGGAAAGGUUCAAGAGGGAAGAGCUUGAGUGAUUUGCUUGUCUCUGCCGAGACCCCAUUUUUAACUCCUCUCUCUUCCCCUCCUUUCUUCACCCCACCUCUAACACCUUUGGAUUGUUACAGUCAACAUGGGUUCAACCCCCUCUUUGAAUCCUCAAAGGAAGAUGAUUUGCAUGGCGUGAGGUGCUCACCCCCUCCAAAGUUCAAGUUUUUGAAGGACGCUGAGGAGAAGCUCCUAAGGAAAACACUAGUGGAAGAAGCCAUGAAGGCUCGGAGAAAUGGGGGAGUUGUCGAGGAUGUGGCAAAGCAACGAGCUUCUGCUCCUCCUCAUCAUCCUAUGGCUGCUGCCUCUCCUCCCGCAGGCCCGCCGGAAGAGGAGGAUGGGUCUUUCAUCACUAUAGUCAUGGGAAAGAACAGAGACAAGGGGCACCAACACCAUUCAAGCUCCUCACAGGUAAUUCCAUUACCUUCUUCCCCUUCAACCAUUAGAGCAACUCAUGGGAAGCCUAUUCCCCACAUGAGUUCCAAGGAAUGAGAAGUGACCAUGGUUGUAAUUGUUGUUUGAUCUUUAAUCCACCAUUAGAUUUGUCUGCGAAGGUUGUAAAGAGGAAUAUAAAAACAAACUUUCAUUUGCCUCUCAAUCUGGCAGACUGGCAGCGAGUUCAGUAGCCCAUUCAGGUUAUUAGUAGUUUAAUUUCUCCACUCAUAUACUGUGCAACAUGUCUUUUUUUGUCCCCUUUUAAUCCGCAGGAGGCAGCUCUGCUGUGUGCAUCA